AUGAAGACCGCCAUCCUGAUCACCAUGUACUCCGUCCUCUCGGGCGCCGGAGUGGUCCUGGGCGCGCCCGCCGCUUCUGCCCCUGGUCCCGAUGCUCCGGGCACUUCACCUGCCCCGGGCCCACACAGCCACCUCCUCGAGCUUCGCCAGGGCGAAUGGAACCCGAACAGGUGCCCGGGCGGCCGCGAUUUCGCCUUUUGCGUGCCGUACAUGAACGUCUUCAACUGCCCGCCCAUCUCAGGCCCCGGCGGCUUCCCUCAGCCCGACGGCGCGUGCGUGGCCAUGAAUAAUCAGAUCUGUGCCUGCUGGUGCACUUGCAACAGGGCCCAGUGCGACGCGGCCAACCUGCGCGUUCCGGACUACUGCUAG